CUCAAUUCGAAGGCUGAGGAGAGGAAAUAUGUUUCCAAUGUCCUAAAGGCAAAUGGCUAUACAAAAACUUUUCUCCGUAACUGCCAAAAACCAGUUACAAAUAGUAACGCUCUUGAUGAAGGGGAACAAGCGACUGGUUUUGCUGUUAUUCCUUACAUACAGGGUGUUACGGAACCCAUCAAGAGAAUUUUGAAUAGCCACAACGUUAAAGUUGCUCAAAAACCUUUUCAGACUUUGGGGCAUAUUUUCGCCAAACCUAAGGAUCCUGUCACGAAAGAACAACGAAUCGACGCUAUUUAUUCUAUUCCUUGCAAUGACUGUGACAACGAAUACAUCGGACAGACCAAACGUCAGUUUGGUACACGGUUAAAAGAGCACCAAAAAGCGGUUUUUCUUAGCAAAAAGGAAAAUUCAGCUUUAUCGGAGCAUACAUGCCUAACCAACCAUACAAUUGGGUGGGAUAAUUCUAAAAUUAUCACCACUAAUCGGCGUUACCACCAGCGCCUUUGUUUGGAGGCUUGGCAUAUUAACUCCGCCCACGCUCCUUUAAAUCGUGACGAUGGCGGUCUGCUUCCUGACGCCUAUUUACACCUCGUCAGAAAAAAAGGCCGCUAA